UUCUUCUUCGGCGACCAGGGAACCGGGUCGAGAAUCAGCAGCAACACCACACCGCCACCAGACAAUGGCGUCGCUCGCACUCAGCGCCGCUUCUGGCGCCAUCUUCGGAUCUGCAUUGACCGCGUCUGGGGUUUACUCUCCUUCGGUCAUUGUUUCUCAGAUGGGACUUUCGAAUUUCCACAUGCUCAAGUCCUUUCUCGCGGCCAGCGCGUGCAGCGCACUCAUUGUGGUCGGCGCCAAUCGCUCCGGCUAUGCGCGACUAGCACCUCGAACAGACUCGUCGUAUGGUUGGUUCAUGAGAUAUGACGCCAACGUCGUCGGCGGUCUGCUCCAAGGUAUCGGGAUGACCUUGACCGGUGCAUGUCCCGGCACGGUUUUGGUGCAGAUGGCCCUAGGCAUCCAGUCCGCCUGGCGCGUCGCAGUGGGCGGUGUCCUCGGCGGGAUCGUGUUUGCGAAAAUUGGAGAUGCUCUCAACCAGCAACGCCAGCAGACCACUCCGGCAGCAGCGACAGACAAGGGAACGGCGUCACAUACCGUCCAGGAAAAGACGGGCUUUUCUACGACAUCCGUCGUCUUCAUCUACGAAGCUCUGUGUGUCCUGAUGAUAAUAGCGGCGAAUCAUCUUGCGCCGCCUGCACAAAACCACUGGCUGAAUCCGAUCCUGGGUGGGUUUCUCAUCGGUGUCGCUCAAGCCACUUCGGUUCUCUUCACGCGAAAGACUCUCGGUGUGUCGACCGCCUAUCUGGACAUCGGCAGGUACUUUUGGAGCAUCUUGGAAGGCAAGGCGGGCCCGGGCUUAUCCAAUGUCAUCUUCGCCGGUGGUAUCAUGGCAGGGUCCAAGAUCAUUUCUCAGUACGUCCCAAUCAGUGCAGACAGUGGCCCUGGGACGAGUCCAGCUGCGGCCCUAGCCGGCGGCUUUGCCAUGAUAUUUGGUGCCAGGCUGGCCGGGGGUUGUACCAGUGGACACGGCAUCAGUGGAAUGGCGACGAUGAGCUUCAGUAGCUUCAUUACCGUCGCGUCCAUGUUCGGAGGCGGUAUCGCUGCAGCUUUCCUGAUACGAUGA